AGACAGACAGCGAUUUUCACCAAUGGCAGAGAGAGUGCAGAGCUCCACUAUGAGGGCGUGUCCUGUUACAUAGCAACAGGGUUUAACCCCUUAACCCCAGCAGUGCCAGAGAGGUAGUGACUAUCAGACUGUGUGAGUGAGAGAACCUGGCACUGUGACACUGAGUGUGAGUGACUGAUACUGAGUGUGACACUGAGUGUGAGUGACUGUCACUGAGUGUGAGACUGAGUGUGAGUGGCUCAUACUGAGUGUGAGGUUGCUGUCACUGAGUGUGAGUGGCUGAUACUGAAUGUGAGUGACUGAUACUGAGUGUGAGUGACUGUCACUGAGUGUGAGUGAGAGAACCUGACAUUGUGAGACUGAGUGUGAGUGACUGAUACUGGGUGUGAGUGUCUGUCACUGAGUGUGAGUGAGAGAACCUGGCACUGUGACACUGAGUGUGAGUGACUGUCACUGAGUGUGAGACUGAGUGUGAGUGGCUCAUACUGAGUGUGAGGUUGCUGUCACUGAGUGUGAGUGGCUGAUAGGGAGUGUCUGAUACUGAAUGUGAGUGACUGAUACUGAGUGUGAGUGACUGUCACUGAGUGUGAGUGGGAGAACCUGACACUGAGUGUGUGUGACUGACACUGAGUGUAAGUGAGAGAACCUGACAUUGUGAGACUGAGUGUGAGUGACUGAUACUGAGUGUGAGUGUCUGUCACUGAGUGUGAGUGAGAGAACCUGACACUGAGUGUGUGUGACUGACACUGAGUGUAAGUGAGAGAACCUGACAUUGUGAGACUGAGUGUGAGUGACUGAUACUGGGUGUGAGUGUCUGUCACUGAGUGUGAGUGAGAGAACCUGACAUUGUGAGACUGAGUGUGAGUGACUGAUACUGGGUGUGAGUGUCUGUCACUGAGUGUAAGUGAGAGAACCUGACAUUGUGAGACUGAGUGUGAGUGACUGAUACUGGGUGUGAGUGUCUGUCACUGACUGUGAGUGAGAGAACCUGACACUGUGAGACUGAGUGCCGACUGUCACUGAGUGUGAGACUGACUGCUUAGUGUCACUGGGUGCUGACUGGCUGUCACUGAGUGUGAGACUGAGUACUGACUGAGUGUUACCUGACUGUCACUGAGUGUGAGACUGACUGCUUAGUGUCACUGGGUGCUGACUGGCUGUCACUGAGUGUGAGACUGAGUACUCACUGAGUGUUACCUGACUGUCACUGAGUGUGAGUCUGAGUGCUGACUGUAACUGAGUGUGAGCCUUAGUGCCGACUGUCACUGAGUGUGAGCCUGAGUGCCGACUGUCACUGAGUGUGAGCCUGAGUGCCGACUGUCACUGAGUGUGAGACUGACUGCUUAGUGUCACUGGGUGCUGACUGGCUGUCACUGAGUGUGAGACUGAGUACUGACUGAGUGUUAGCUGACUGUCACUGAGUGUGAGUCUGAGUGCUGACUGUAACUGAGUGUGAGCCUUAGUGCCGACUGUCACUGAGUGUGAGCCUGAGUGCCGACUGUCACUGAGUGUGAGCCUGAGUGCCGACUGUCACUGAGUGUGAGACUGACUGCUUAGUGUCACUGGGUGCUGACUGGCUGUCACUGAGUGUGAGACUGAGUACUGACUGAGUGUUAGCUGACUGUCACUGAGUGUGAGUCUGAGUGCUGACUGUAACUGAGUGUGAGCCUUAGUGCCGACUGUCACUGAGUGUGAGCCUGAGUGCCGACUGUCACUGAGUGUGAGCCUGAGUGCCGACUGUCACUGAGUGUGAGACUGAUUGCUUAGUGUUACUGGCAACCUCCUAUUACCCAUAACCUCUCUAAGUGACUCCAUAUAACCUCCCCUAUAACUCCUCCUAUUACUCCAUAUAACCUCUCUAUGACUCCAUAUAACCCUCCCUAUAACUCAUCCUAUUACUCCAUAUAACCCUCCCUAUAACUCCUCAAAUUACUCCAUAUAACCCUCCCUAUAGCCCCUCCUAUUACUCCAUAUAACCCUCCCUAUAACUCCUCCUAUUACUCCAUAUAACCCUCCAUAUAACCCCUCCUAUUACUCCAUAUAACCCUCCCUAUAACUCCCCCUAUUACUCCAUAUAACCCUCCCUAUAACUCAUCCUAUUACUCCAUAUAACCUUCCCUAUAACUCCUCCUAUUACUCCAUAUAACCCUCCCUAUAACUCCUCAAAUUACUCCAUAUAACCCUCCCUAUAACUCCUCCUAUUACUCCAUAUAACCCUCCAUAUAACUCCUCCUAUUACUCCAUAUAACCCUCCCUAUAACUCCUCCUAUUACUCCAUAUAACCCUCCAUAUAACUCAUCCUAUUACUCCAUAUAACUCCUCCUAUUACUCCCUAUUACCCUCCCUAUAACUCCUCCUAUUACUCCAUAUAACCUCCCUAUAACCCCUCCUAUUACUCCAUAUAACCCUCCCUAUAACCCCUCCUAUUACUCCAUAUAACCUCCCUAUAACCCCUCCUAUUACUCCAUAUAACCCUCCAUAUAACUCCUCCUAUUACUCCAUAUAACCCUCCCUAUAACUCCUCCUAUUACUCCAUAUAACCCUCCCUAUAGCCCCUCCUAUUACUCCAUAUAACUCUCCCUAUAACUCUGCCUAUUACUCCAUAUAACCCCUCCUAUUACUCCAUAUAACCCUCCCUAUAACUCCUACUAUUACUCCAUAUAUCCCUCCGUAUAACUCCUCCUAUCACUCCAUAUAACCCUCCCUAUAACUCCUCCUAUUACUCCAUAUAACCCUCUCUAUAACCCCUCCUAUUACUACAUAUAACCCUCCCUAUAGCUCCUCCUAUUACUCCAUAUAACCCUCCCUAUAACUCCUCCUAUUACUCCAUAUAACCUCUCCCUAUAACCCCUCCUAUUACUCCAUAUCACCCUCUCUAUAACUCCUCCUUUUACUCUCUAUAACCCUCCCUCUAACCCCUCUUAUUGCUCCAUGUAACCCUCCUCAUAAUGCCUUCUUACGCCAUAUAACUCCUUAUAAUACGAUAUAUAACCAUCUGUAAUUCCUUCUAUUACUCCAUGUAACCCUUCCUAUAACGCCUCCUAUUUCUCAAUACAACUCUGCCAAUAACAACUCCUAUCACUCCAUAUAACCUCCCCUAAUAACUUAUCCUAUUAAUCCAUGCAUCCCUGCCUAUUACUCCAUAUAACACUCCCAACAACAACUAUAUCUCUCCAUAUAAUCUCUCCUUAUAACUCCAUAUAACAUCUCCCUAUAUCUCCUCCUAUUGUUCCAUAUAACUCCUCUUAUUAUUCUAUAUAACGCUCCCUAUAACUCCCUCCCUAUAAUAUUAUAUAUUUAUUUAUUUAUAUAUAUAUAUAUAUAUAUAUAUAUAUAUAUAAUAUAUAUAUAAACUUUCCUGAACUUUGUGUGCAGGUUUCAUCCUUGGGACCUGGGCCUUUAUCUUCUACAAGGUGUUUAAGUCUUCAUUACAGAACCAGUAUGGAGGGGUAAGUUCGGUGGAAGGUAAUGAGUGGUUGUGUAAUAUAAGUAGGUGAGACUAAGCAUCAUAAGGGCAUUAGUUAAGACAGACUAUCAUGCUGGGUAAGAGCUGUAGAUAGGACAGCCAAUCAUUGUGGAGUAAUGGCAGCAGAUCGAAGUGAGUGACCAUGAUGAUGGCCUAAGGGCAGUAGAUGACACUGAAUCAUCACAAUGGGUUAAGAACAGUAGAUGAGACUGACCAUUGUUAUGAGGUAUGGACAGUAGAUGAGACUGACCAUUGUUAUGAGGUAUGGGCAGUAGAUGAGACUGACCUUUGUUAUGAGGUAUGGACAGUAGAUGAGACUGACCUUUGAUAUGAGGUAUGGACAGUAGAUGAGACUGACCUUUGUUAUGGGGUAUGGACAGUAGAUGGCAAAGAUGGACUAUCAUGGCAGGAGAUAUCAGUGGCUCUCUGGGGUGUUGGGGUAGAUAGCAGGUGGAAAACCUUCUUUUGUCCAACAGUGCUCUUCUUACCUCGUGUGACAUGUAACCCCUUUUUUCGCUUCCUGCAUCCUCUACCUCACUGCAUGAAAGUAGACAUUUUAUUAAUGCACAUAACAUAUUAAAGAAGACAUAUAUGUGGUCUUAACCACUAAGUAUGUAUAUGUGGUCUUCACCGCUUGUGUCAUCAGGUGUGUUCUCUACUGGCAAUUCUUUGGUCUGCAUCACUUGGUAUAGAUCUACCCUAUCUCCUGUGUCCUUACUACCAAUGAUUCCUCAGCCUAUAUCACUGGGUCUGGAUCUAUCCUAUUUCCAGUGUCCUCUCUGUUACUGAUUUCUAGUCUAUGUUGACAAAUCUAGAUCUAGCCUAUCUCCUGUGUCAAUGAUUCUUUAGCCUAUAGUACUGGGUCUGGAUCUACCCUUCCUCCUGUGUCCUCACUACCAAUGAUUCCUUAACCUUUGUCACUUGGUCUGGAUCUAUCCUAUCUCAUGUUUCUUCACUACCAAUGAUUCCUUGACCUCUGCCACUGGGUCUGGAUCUACCCUAUCUCUUGUGUCUUCACUACCAAUGAUUCCUUAACCUAUGCCACUGGGUCUGGAUCUAUCCUAUCUCCUGUGUCUUCACUACUAAUGAUUCCUUAACCUAUGCCACUGGGUCUGAAUCUAUCCCAUCUCCUGUGUCCUGUCUACCAGUGAUUCCUCAGCCUAAAUGACUAGGUCUGGAUCUAUCCUAUGUCCAGUUUCCUCUCUAAGGAUUUCUGAGCCUAUAUCACUGGGUCUGGAUCUACCCUAUCUCCUGUGUCCUCUCUACCGAUGAUUCCUCAGCCUAUAUCACUGGAUCUGGAUCUACCCUAUCUCCUGUGUCUUCAAUACCAAUGGUUCCUUAACCUUUGCAACUGGGUCUGGAUCUACCCUAUCUCCUGUGUCCUCUCUACCGAUGAUUCCUCAGCCUAUAUCACUCGGUCUGGAUCUACCCUAACUGCUGUGUCUUCAAUACCAAUGGUUCCUUAACCUUUGCAACUGGGUCUGGAUCUACCCUAUCUCCUGUGUCCUGUCUACCGGUGAUUCCUCAGCUGGGGUCUUGGUCUAUCCUAUAUCCUGUGUCCUCUUUGAUCCUGAAAUAGAUCUUUAUCCUAGACCAGUGAUUCCUGCUUAAUUCUCAAUAAAUUUCCUCCUCAAUAUCCAUUGAGUUUCUCUUCUUUGUGAGAAUGUUUGUUUGAGCAGGGCCCUCACCAUCUCUUGUUCCUAUAAGUCCACGUUGUCAUGCUGAAUUUACUGAUAUAAACUUUUCCAUCCACUGUACAGAGCUGUGGAAUAUGUUGGUGUUUUAAUAAGAAUAGCCCUCUUCCCAUUUCUCCAUCUUCUUUCCCUUCUUUUGCAGAGUAAUCUGCCUGUGUGUGCAUGACCCCAUUUCGCGGUCCCUUCCCAUGGUGAAUAACAUGAGUAUCACACGGUGAAAUGCUAUAUUUCUGCCCCUGACACGUUAUUUUCUUUGCAUGUGUCUCUCUAAUCCCCCCACCCUUUCCUAGCACCAUUUCCCAGACCCCCCUCCCUGCUUCCCAAAGCUAAACCUCUCCCCCUCCCUUUCUGCUCCUUCCCUCCCUUCCAUGAACGCUCUCUCAUCAGUGCAUGCCCUUCUGUACCCCUUCGCUGUUACCAAAACUCAAAACAGUGACCCAUUGGGCUUGCAGUGACUGUACAACAAUACACCAUGCAGCCCAGCAUGGUAGCAGAGUCCAUGGAAUGUGUACAUCCAACAUGCCUUCUUGUUCUCCUCCUUUGUGCACAUGUGUGUGUGUGUGUGUAUAUGUGGACGUAUGUGUGUGUGUGUGUGUGUGUGUGUAUAUAUAUAUAUAUAUAUAUAUAUAUGUGUGUGUGUGUGAUUCUCCCGCUCUCUAUACAUUGCCCCUUCCUCCACUCAGUCGCCCUCCUUUAUUCUCCCCUUUUCUCUUAUUCUCUUCCCCUCCCUUGUAGCCCCCCUCCUCCUCCCCCCCUCUCAUUCUCUUCAUUCCCCCAUGCUCCCUCCUCUUUAUUUCCCCUCCCCCCCUCCCUCCGCCUGUCUCCCUCCCCUCAUGCAGCUUAGAGAGACAGACGCAUGAGAGAGAGAGCGAGGCAGGGAGGAGAGAGGGAAGAGACAGACAGCCCCUGGGAGAGUGCAGGGGUCACUGUGGGAAAUAGACAGUUCGAAAUUAGGGAAACAAUACAGAGACUGAUAUCUUUAGGGCUAAUUGAGGGAAAAUAAUUAAAGAGACAGCAGCAGAGAGAAAGAGAGAGUCAGACAGAAAAUAGAAAUAGCUGAGAGACAUACAGGCAUAAUAAAUAGAGAGACAAUCAGUUUAUAGAGACUGCAGUGUGAAAGAGAGGUGCAAGUGACGGUCUGAAAGGCGCUGGCACUCUCAGGGAGGCUGAGUGACAUCCAAAGCUAAUCUGCACAUUUAGACUGCUUUCUGCUGUUAGUGAGAGACCUCAAUCAGGAAGUGACACUCUGUAAGGUAAGUGCACUCUCUGACAAUGGGCACAACAGCUAACCUGCAGAUCUGGAGAGACUGCCUUCAUUUUUUUAGUAGGAGAUAUGAAACAGGAAGUGGAAUCAUAGGUCAAAGGUUACGUGGUAGGUGACACAGAAUACAAGGUGAGACUGUCUUUUUUCUUUUUGUGGUCAGACAGGUGUGGCCUGCCGAAUCAUCAUCUAUGGCUUCCAGUCCAGCCCCAUUGCCACUGCUCCCAUCGCUGAGCUGCGCUUUAUGUCGUGAUGUGCCACGGGAACCGGUGACACUGGCAUGUGGGCAUUGCCUGUGUCGUGGAUGCCUGGAGCGAGCGUGGAGGGGCCAAGAGAAUUACCCCGCCUGCCCCAAGUGUCGUCCCCCCCAAGUGCCGACACCAGAUGGGGUACAGAGGGGUGUGUGUACAGAACAUGGGGACAAGUUACAGCUCUUCUCUCCACAGGAUGGCAGGAUGCUGUGUGCACGGUGCCGAGGGGCAGGAGAACAGCACCCGGUACAUAAUCUGAUCCCUAUACAGGAGGCUGUGGGAGGCUACAAGGUGAGAAUGCAACUGUAUAUACAAAACAUGCACAACAGACAGCCUGGGCUGUGGUUCUAGGGUAAAUGGAGGCCAGGACAGUGAUCGUAAAGCAGGUGGUAGUCCUAGUUAUUAGUCCUAAGGGCUACAGUAUUAAAGCAGGUGGAGACCAGGACUGUGGUCCUAAAGAAGGUGAUGGCCUAGUCUAAGGUAGAUUUAUACUAGGGCAGCGGCUAUAGGCUAAAACAAGGCAGGAUAGACUAGUUUGUAAGGAGCUAGUGUGUGUGUAAAAUAUAAGGAAUAUGUACACUUUUGCAUCCAAUAAAAUUUUCACAGAAAUAUAAAUCUGUGGACAGAUAAAAUGCAGCGGUUCAAAUGGCUGCUAAUGUUGUGUCUGUUAUCGUUAACUAAGACACAUGGUCACAUAAAAUGCACACAGAACUGCAUUAGCAGGUGGCAUUUAUAUUGGUAUAGAGACAUCUCAAACAGAGGUGCAUGUAUAUAAUUUGUAAAGGUAUACGACAAAUAAUAAAGUGGCACUUAUGUAUUAUGUACAGGUAGACUGUAAAGUGGCACAUAUUUAGAAAUAUAUCACAGAGUGUGGCACGCAUAUAAUACGGGCAGUUAUAAGUUAACUUUUUUGGUGCCCUAGGCCGCAGCACAUACGUUUAUAUUUUGCCAUUCAUCUAGAAACACUAUUAUUCUUACAUGCAUAGACACACACACAGUCACAAACCUACAUAGACACCCACAUGGGCAUAUACACAGUCAAAUACAUACUUACCUGUACAUACAGAUGCAAUCUGACACACAGACACAUGCUUACAUAGGAAUACAGUCCCAUACAAGAAAUCACAUUGUCUAUUGUCACAUUGCAUGCAUACAUACAUAUAUGGACAUACAGUCACACACAUGGACAUGCAGUCACACGCAAUCACAUACAUGAUGGACAUGCAGUCACACACAGCCAUACACAUGAACAUGCAGUCACAUACAUAUACAUGAUGGACAUGCAGUCACACACAGCCGCAUGCAGUCACACACAGCCGCAUACAUGAUGGGCAUGCAGUCACACACAGCCGCAUACAUGAUGGGCAUGCAGUCACACACAGCCGCAUACAUGAUGGACAUGCAGUUACACACAGCCGCAUACAUGAUGGGCAUGCAGUCACACACAGCCGCAUACAUGAUGGGCAUGCAGUUACACACAGCCGCAUACAUGAUGGACAUGCAGUCACACACAGCCAUGAUGGGCAUGCAGUCACACACAGCCACAUACAUGGACAUGCAGUCACACACAGCCAUGAUGGGCAUGCAGUCACACACAGCCACAUACAUGGACAUGCAGUCAUAUACAUAUAGUCACACACAGUAGAAUACAUACAUAGGCACGUAAUUACAUACAUAGACAAUGUCAGAGUUUGGUACAUAUAACAGGUGUUAUAAUACAAAGUUUGUAAAAGUUAGGAACUUAUACAUGAUGUAUAGGUAGACAAUCAUGAUAUAUAACUACCUUUAAAGUCCCUACUGAGAGGUGAUUACAUUUAAUGCAGUGAGUCCAUUGUCCCUCUGUUCCUCCUGUAGGAUGAGCUGAUCUCUGCCAUUGCCCCUCUGGAGUCCCGCCUGAAGGAGCUACAACAGAUGCAGUGCGCACAAGAACAGAUGAUCGCUCAGCACAGGGUAUGUCACAGAACCUCUAAGAUUAAUUACAGCUAACGAAUGUGAGGUCUCUUUGUAUGUGUUUGAUGAGGCCUCAGGGAUACAAGAAAUAUAAUCCAGACUGCCGGUAUCAGUCACAGCCUCCUGAUGCAGGCUGCCGGCAUCCGUCACAGCCUCCCGAUGCAGGCUGCCGGCAUCCGUCACAGCCUCCCGAUGCAGGCUGCCGGCAUCCGUCACAGCCUCCCGAUGCAGGCUGCCGGCAUCCGUCACAGCCUCCCGAUGCAGGCUGCCGGCAUCCGUCACAGCCUCCCGAUGCAGGCUGCCGGCAUCCGUCACAGCCUCCCGGCAGCAUCCACAGUCUCCCGAUCCAGGCUGCUGGCAGCAGCUACAGCCUCCCGAUUUACAACCUAAAUUUAAUCCUGUAUUCCCUCCAGCUAUAAAAUAAUGUGUAAUUCUUCCACUUUCAGGGCAACCUUCUGAGUACCAAGCACCAAGUGAGCAUGGAGUUUGAAAAACUGCAUCAGUACCUGCGAGAGCGAGAGGAGCGACUACUGCGAGAACUUCAACAGGAAGGAGACCUGAUCCUCUCUGAAAUGGAAGAGAGUCUGAACAAGAUCAAACAGAACUGUCAGGGAAUCCUACAAACCAUCAGCACCACCCAGCCACGUCUCUACGAGCAGGACCCCAUCUCCUUCCUGACUGUAAGUACACCCAAAUAUAAUAAAACCCAGCCAUGGCUCUACGAGCAGGACUCCAUCUUCUUAGCUGUAAGUACACCCAAAUAUAAUAAAAUCCAUCCACGGCUCUACGAGCAGGACUCCAUCUCCUUCCUCACUGUAAGUACCUCCUAUAGAAUAAAUCCCAGCCACGGCCCUACGAGCUGGACCCCAUCUCCUUCCUCACUGUAAGUACCCCCAUAGAAAAAAACCCAGCCACGGCUCUACGAGCUGGACCCCAUCUCCCUCCUCACUGUAAGUACCCACCAUAGAAUAAAUCCCAACCAUAGUUUCUACGAGCCAGACCCUAUCUCCUUCCUCACUGUAAGUACCUCCUAUAGAAUAAAUCCCAGCCAUGGCUCUGCGAGCAGGACCCCAUCUCCUUCCUCACUGUAAGUACCUCCUAUAGAAUAAAUCCCAGCCAUGGCUCUGCGAGCAGGACCCCAUCUCCUUCCUCACUGUAAGUACCUCCUAUAGAAUAAAUCCCAGCCAUGGCUCUGCGAGCAGGACCCCAUCUCCUUCCUCACUGUAAGUACCUCCUAUAGAAUAAAUCCCAGCCAUGGCUCUGCGAGCAGGACCCCAUCUCCUUCCUCACUGUAAGUACCUCCUAUAGAAUAAAUCCCAGCCAUGGCUCUGCGAGCAGGACCCCAUCUCCUUCCUCACUGUAAGUACCUCCUAUAGAAUAAAUCCCAGCCAUGGCUCUGCGAGCAGGACCCCAUCUCCUUCCUGACUGUAAGUACCUCCUAAUGAAUAAAUCCCAGUCACGCCUCUACGAGCAGGACCCCAUCUCCUUCCUCACUGUAAGUACCCCCAUAGAAUAAAUCCCAGCCAUGGUUUCUACAAGCCGGACCCCAUCUCCUUCCUCACUGUAAGGACCCCCAUAGAAUAAAUCCCAGCCCCGGCUCUACGAUCAGGACCCCAUCUCCUUCCUCACUGUAAGUACCCCCAUAGAAUAAAUCCCAGCCACGGCUCUACGAGCAGGACCCUAUCUCCUUCCUCACUGUAAGUACCCCCAUAGAAUAAAUCCCAGCCAUGGCUCUACGAGCAGGACCCCAUUUCCUUCCUCACUGUAAGUACCCCCAUAGAAUAAAUCCCAGCCACGGCUCUACGAGCAGGACCCUAUCUUCUUCCUCACUGUAAGUACCCCCAUAGACUAAAUCACAGCCACGGCUCUACGAGCAGGACCCCAUCUCCUUCCUCACUGUAAGUACCCACCAUAGAAUAAAUCCCAGCCAUAGUUUCUACGAGCAGGACCCCAUCUCCUUCGUCACUGUAAGUACCUCCUAUAGAAUAAAUCCCAGUCACGCCUCUACGAGCAGGACCACAUCUCCUUCCUCACUCUAAGUACCUCCUAUAGAAUAAAUCCCAGCCAUGGCUCUGCGAGCAGGACCCCAUCUCCUUCCUCACUGUAAGUACCUCCUAUAGAAUAAAUCCCAGUCACGCCUCUACGAGCAGGACCACAUCUCCUUCCUCACUCUAAGUACCUCCUAUAGAAUAAAUCCCAGCCACGGCUCUACGAUCAGGAUCCCAUCUCCUUCCUCACUGUAAGUACCCCCACAGAAUAAAACCCAGCCACGGCUCUACGAUCAGGACCCCAUCUCCUUCCUCACUGUAAGUACCCCCAUAGAAUAAAACCCAGCCACGGCUCUACGAUCAGGACCCCAUCUCCUUCCUCACUGUAAGUACCCCCACAGAAUAAAACCCAGCCACGGCUCUACGAUCAGGAUCCCAUCUCCUUCCUCGCUGUAAGUACCCACCACAGAAUAAAUCCCAGCCAUAGUUUCUACGAGCCGAACCCCAUCUCCUUCCUCACUGUAAGUACCCCCAUAGAAUAAAUCCCAGCCAUGGCUCUAUGAGCCGGACCCCACCUCCUUCCUGACUGUAAGUACCUCCUAUAGAAUAAAUCCCAGCCAUAGUUUCUACAAGCAGGACCACAUCGCCUUCCUGACUGUAAGUAACCCCAUAGAAUAAAUCCCAGCCAUGGCUCUACGAGCCAGACCCAUCUCCUUCCUGACUGUAAGUACCCCCAUAGAAUAAAUCCCAGCCAUGGCUCUACGAGCCAGACCCCAUCUCCUUCCUGACUGUAAGUACCUCCAUAGAAUAAAUCCCAGCCAUUGCUCUGCGAGCCGGACCCCAUCUCCUUCCUCACUGUAAGUACACCCAAAUAUAAUAAAUCCCAGCCACGGCUCUACGAGCAGAUUGGAAGUACAUCCUUUUAAAUAACCUCUAGUCUGUGACCCUAUGUUUUAUUCUUCAUUAUAUUCUCAUUCUGUUUUCCUUCCAUUUUGCACUAUGGAGCAUUUUAAUGUAUUGUUAUCAGAAAUGGUUAAUAGUGCAGAUAACUUGAUGUAAAAUAUUAAGAUAAUAUAAAUAAAAGUAAAUGUCACUGUGUAUAACUGGAAUGUAUGUUUUCUAUCCCGUCACUGCUGUCAGAUAAGUUAUAACUAACCUGUAAUUUUACCAACAGCUCCCAUUGUGUGUGUUUAAUAUCACAAACCGUUUUACUUGUAUUAUUAAAAACUCUCUGUGACAACUUAUUGAUCUGUCUCUCUCGCCCUUUUCCAGGAUAUAAAGUCUUGUAUGGAAAUGUAAGUAUCUGUGUAUUUUAUCCGGUUAUGAGCUGUUAAUAACACGUGAAACCCGCUAUUGCUUUCAUGCCAGCCAUCUUGCUGCUGUCAGCCAUUUUAUCUUAGCACCGUUCAAGUCAUAGAUAAACCGAGAAAACCGGUUUAGAACGUUACCAAUUGCAUUAAUUGAUCUGUCUCUUGUCACAGCUGCUACAAUGGCUAUAGAGAUGGCUUUCCUUCGCAAAAUGUGGUUGCACCUAGAGAUUUUGGAUAUGGCGGUGUGAAGGAUUUGAUUCAAUAUACAGCCUGGAAAGAUAUGAAGUCUUAUAUCAGCCCAGGUGAGAAGGGUAACAGUCUACUAAUGAAAAAAUAACUACAUGGGUGGGAGUUUGUGGUCUGUGCCUCCAUCAUGUACAGACCAAUCUUACUGUGAGACAAUGAACAGGAGAAGGACAUCAUAGAUUGCAGGAGGCAAAGCGCAAGGAACACAUGGGAGAAAAGUAAGGACAGGGGAUAGGGGCUGGUGACGAAGGAGUGGACACAGGUUACGAGUUGGUGAUGAAUAAAGAAAUAAGCAGGAGCACAGUCUGGGAAUCCGUGGAGAGAUAUUAAGUAACAUUAACAGAAGACAAGGGGAAUGUGUUUAGAAAAGAGGGCUUGCGUAUUGGCUCUAAUGGGAAGAGGUAAUGUGAUAAUGCUAGAAAGAAAUAGAAUAAAAAGACUGCACAGAGAGAAGAGGUAAGGUUAGGCUAGAUAGGAAGAUAAUUCAUUCUGAAUAUAAAGAAAAUUGAAGCAGAAAGUGGAGAAAACUACAUUUGGGGGGGGGGGGAAGCUAUUGGGUGGGAGUUAGGGAAAAAAGAUUAGAAUCAAUGAAAAAUGUGGGGGAAAAUAAGACUGGGAGACAUGAAUUAGUGGCUGUAUGGCAGACAAUUUUAACAAAAUGAAUCUGGUGCAAAGGGAAGUGUGGUGUGUGAAUCUAAAUACACCUUUACAACCUUCUUUCAGCUUUGCCUAAUAUAAUUAUGGACCCCAGCACGGCUCACCUUAACUUGAUCCUCUCUGAAGAUUUAACCUGUGUCCGAUACAGUGACACUAAGCAGUCUCUACCUGAGAACCCUCGCCGGUUUGACUACUGUUGCUGCGUCCUGGGUACCGAGGGGUUCACCUCUGGUCGGCACUACUGGGCUAUUGAAGUUGGGAGCAAGACCAAAUGGAAUCUUGGCUUGGCCAAGGAAUCGGUAAACAGGCGUGGGGGCAUCACCUUGUCUCCUGAGAAUGGUUUUUGGAUCCUCUGGCUGCGGAACGGACAUGAGUUCAAGGCAUUGGAUGUCCCUUACCGGUCUCUCACUUUGAGGAGUAAACCACAGAGGGUUGGGAUAUACUUAGAUUAUGAAGGGGGUGUUCUUUCCUUUUACAAUGCUGAUGAUAUGUCCCACAUCUAUACCUUUGUCACUUCCUUCACUGAAACGGUGUACCCCUAUUUCUGUCCGUGCCUCAACGAUUCUGGAAAGAAUGGGGGUGCCUUGAAAGUCCUCCAUCAUACUCCAUAAUGAAUAAAGGGGGGAGGAAAGAAGGUAAAUGGCUUCAUCCCACCUAAAAUCCUGUAUCACGGAUAUUGUAUGUCUUUCGAGAUGUUUUUUUUGAAGGCUAUUUGGAGGCAGUAUUUCUAGUGUGUGAUGUUAUAUUUCCCACUAAAUAGUGAUAUUUUUUUUUUUUUAAGAUCAGAUAACCAAAACUUUUGCAAAAUGUAGGCCAAAAUCACAGGUGGUAAACUUCUGUAACUCACCCAAUUGUUACCGCUCAGCUUCCUAGGCCUAUAUUUUGGUUGUCAACUCACUGUUUAAUUAAAAAGCCCCAUGUAAGACGUGUAUCCCCUUAUCUGAAGACAAUAAGAGUUUUUGUUUUUAAUAACCUCUCCCAGCUCUCUUGUCCUCUUCCUGCUGAGGAUACCUUUGGUCAUCGUGGCAGUGAGGUCCUUUCAUUUAACACCUAGACAGCAUGUAUCCUGAUGGGACGGGAGUCAUUCCAUUUAUCUGCUCAUUCAGAUCUCAAUAAACACAUAACUGGAUUAAACAAAAACUGUCUUGCUGGAGAAAAUCAUUCUCUCUCUCUGGUAAUUCCCUGCAGCGCAUGUUCUCUCGUUAUGCAAAACAUCUAACAUGGCAUAAUAUUUGCACUAUUUUCAGUUAUAACUCGCAGUGGGUAAUGAUGAAACACAGCUCGUUCUAUAUGGAGAGGGCAGCCAGCAAUAGUGCCAGCCGCAGAAUAUGCAUUAUAAGCAGGUCAGUCUUUGGUAUUGCCAAAAGAGCAAUUUGCUGAUUUCCAUGUAAGAGAACAAUUGCACCAACCUGUCAAAGUACAUGAAAUGAAUCAGAGCAAUUUGCUGACCAUUGGACAUUGUCCCCCCCAGCUCAGGAGACUCUACAUUAUCAAGCAGAAUACUCAUAAUUUUAAAGUUUCUCUGCUCAAGUCAACAAAGCCUCGCCUACUUGUGUUAGUAGGGGUUUGAGCUCCGAUUGAAAGUGGCCCUUUGUAUAUGAUUGGGACAACCUCUGUUUGUUUAACAGCUCUUGUAGGUUACAGUUUUGCCAUCCACGUGUGAUGUGGCUCCUCAAGAGCUCGAGAACAUUGGUUCUGAGUGAGACAAUCUGUGGUUUUGCAACAGAAAAGCAAUUUAUUGAUUUUCAUUAACAGUAGAUUCUUGUACAUUGUAACCCCACCCUCAUUAAUUUGUGUAUGUAACAAAACUUAGAAUGUAAAGGUGCAGGAAACCAUUACAAAUCAUCACAAUCUUAGCAUAGUGGUGCUCCAUGCAUGUUGACUCUACGAGAAUUUCAGAGUCCUAGUUUUUACCCUGAAGUCUCCUCAUCUUCAUCUGGCUGCUCCUGAGGAUUAGGGGUAAGCCAUUAUCAUUGCUCCAGGAGAAACCAACAAAUGGUUGGGUUCCUGCGCUAUCAUCAGACAUAUAGCGAGCGUUGAGUGGGGUAUUAGCGCAGCCCAAUGACUCAUACCAAAACCCUCCUCCAUAGUACUCUGCGCAGUUUUGAAUAUGCUCUUCUUCGUCCUUGUCAUACGUGGAAAACAUCUGCCCAACGUGAGCACUCAGUAUGUCACCUGCAAUUGAGAACAUGUGUCAGAAUGCUCUGUGCCCCAUAGCAGUCUAGAACGUGUGGGCCAGACUGCAAUAUAAAAAUAAAAUGAAUCAAAGGAACUUGUAUAUGCAAUACAAACAAUAAUAAAUUAAGGUUGGAUAAUUAACUCCUAAUUCAUUGAUUUCAAAGGGACACUCUAAGCACCAGAACUACUACAGCUUAAUGUGGUGGUUAUGGUGAAAAGAGCCUGUCUCUGCAAACCGUGCAUUUACAUUGCUUCCUAUGACCACCUCUAGCUGUCAUUCAAUCCAUUAAUAACUCACACAGCCAUCAGUAUUUAUUUUUCUAUUUCUUGGGCUGGGGGGAGCAUAAUCUAAAUAGACCGUGUAACACUGACAUUAAGAAAGCUUGUUUGUUAUCCCAAUGUUUGAGAGUUCUUUUAAGAACAAAAAACACUGCUGUGGGAACUCACUCUAAUUUCUUUCUUGUCAUGUGACACCAUAUGGAAUUACUCUCACCUGGAGAAAACCUUUUUAAUUAUUUUUUUUUUGCAAAAGAUAUAUUGGUGGUCCCUCUAACACUGUAUAAGUGCUGUUUUGGGGUUUAAUAACUAAAUGCCUAAUUGUAGUGAACUGGAAACCAUUAGGCAAAAAUCAACUAAUUUAAAAAAAUCUCCAAAAUAUAUAUACACAUUGUAUUUAUUCUAUUUCACUGUAACUCUGUUCCUUUGUGUAUAUAAGUUACUACUACAGAGAGCACGGUAAGAUGACACCCGUGGUGCAAAUAAUUGGCUUCAUUUACAGUUAGAUACUGUCUCCAAAUUAGUUGAAUGGAAAUGUGGUUACUUUAGCUGAUCGUUUGCAAAUCAGUUGCCACCACUUCUUGAAAUGUGCUGUAAAAUAGCUUAACAGUGUGUCUGUUUGACAUGUAAG